AUGGUCGAUUUCACCCUGCAUACCCCCGAGACGGCGCCGGACGGCGCCAGCGAGCGCCUGGCCGCGGCCCAGAAGAGCCUCGGUUUCGUGCCCAGCCUCUGGGCCAUCCAGGCCGAGGCCCCGGCCCUGCUGGAGGGCUACCAGACCCUCGCCGCGAUCUUCGACAAGACCUCCUUCACCGCGACCGAGCGGCAGACGGUGAUGAUCACCGUCAACUUCGACAACGAAUGCACCUUCUGCAUGGCGGCGCACACCGGUAUCGCCAAGUCGCAGGGCGUGCCCGACGACGUGAUCGAGGCCCUGCGCAACGACACGCCGCUGCCCGAUGCCAAGCUUGAGGCCCUGCGCCGCUUCACCCGCGCCGUCGUGACCACGCGCGGCUGGGUGGAGGACAGCGACGUGGAGGCCUUCCUGGCCGCCGGCUACGGCCGGCAGCAGGUGCUGGAGGUGAUCCUCGGCGUCGGCCUGAAGGUGCUGUCGAACUACACCAACCACGUUGCCGACACGCCGCUAAACGAGGCCUUCCAGACGUUCGCCUGGACCAAGCCCUCGGCGCAGGCGGCCGAGUAG